AUGAUGCAAAAUGUGCAUCUGGUUCCUGAAGCUGAUGAAGAUGAUCUUUAUUCUGGCUACAAUGAUUAUAAUCCCACAUUUGACACAGAGGAUUUAGAAAAUGAUGUAGCUUUUCAACAGGCAGCAAGAACAAGUCACGGUAGAAGACCCCCGGUAAUAGCCAAAAUUCCUGGUACAUCAGCUUCAAGAUCCUUAGCUACUGGAUUUGGGUCAAAGGCAACUUUAAAUUCAUCUAUGGGAAGACCAACGACAGGAACUAUACAGGAUGGGAUUGCUCGACCAAUGACAGCAGUGCAUGCUGCAGGUUACACUAAGGCAGCUAUGAGAGGUUCUUCAUUUGAUCCUCUUGGCCAAGCAAGAGGUCCUGCUUCACCUCUGGAAAUGAAAAAUUCAGACAGGUCAGAAGAGAAGAUCAGGCAGUUGGAAAAAAAAGUGAAUGAACUGGUUGAAGAAAGCUGCAUUGCCAACAGCUGUGGAGACUUGAAAUUGGCUCUGGAAAAAGCAAAAGAGGCUGGAAGAAAGGAAAGGGUGUUGGUGAGACAACGUGAACAAAUUGCUACUCCAGAAAACAUCAACUUAGACCUCACUUUCUCAGUUCUUUUCAAUCUGGCAAGUCAGUAUGCUGCUAAUGGAAUGUAUGCUGAAGCACUGAAUACUUAUCAAGUUAUAGUGAAGAAUAAGAUGUUCACCAAUGGAGGUAGACUGAAGGUGAAUAUGGGAAAUAUAUAUUUAAAACAACGGAACUAUUCCAAAGCUAUCAAAUUCUACCGUAUGGCUCUAGACCAGGUUCCUAGUGCCCACAAAGAGAUGAGGAUUAAAAUAAUGGAAAAUAUUGGAGUUGCAUUUAUUAAAACUGGCCAAUACAUUGAUGCCAUUUCUUCAUUUGAACAUAUAAUGAGCACGUCUCCAAACCUGAAGGCAGGCUUCAACUUGAUCCUAUGUUAUUUUGCUAUUGGAAACGGCGAGCAAAUGAAAAAAGCCUUCCAAAAACUGAUUGCAGUUCCCUUGGAAGUGGAUUAUGAUGACAAAUACAUUUCACCAAAUGAUGAUCCACAUACAAAUCUACUGAUUGAAGCCAUUAAAAAUGACAGCUUAAGACAAAUAGAAUGUGAGAGGAAAUCCAUGGCAGAGGAAUACAUCAUGACAGCUGCUAAACUCAUUGCACCAGUAAUUGAUACAUCUUUUGCAGUGGGCUAUGACUGGUGUGUUGAAGUAGUAAAAGCUUCUCACUAUGUAGAGUUAGCCAAUGACCUGGAAAUAAAUAAAGCCACUACUUACCUGAGGCAGCAGGAUUUUAACCAGGCACUUGAGAUGUUAAAAAUGUUUGAAAAAAAGGAUAGCAGAGUAAAGAGUGCAGCCGCAACAAACCUUUCAUUCCUUUAUUAUUUGGAGAAUGAUUUGGCACAAGCAACUAACUAUGCAGAUUUAGCUGUAAAUUCUGAUAGGUACAAUCCAGCAGCUCUAACUAACAAAGGAAAUACUGUUUUUGCAAAUGGAGACUAUGAAAAAGCAGCUGAGUUUUAUAAGGAAGCUCUCAGGAACGAUUCCUCAUGCACUGAAGCACUUUAUAAUCUUGGUUUAACGUACAAGAAGUUAAACAGAAUAGAUGAAGCUUUGGAUUGUUUUCUGAAACUCCAUGCGAUCCUUCGAAACAGUGCUCAAGUCCUUCACCAGAUAGCAAACAU